AUGCCUACGUCCUCCCAUGAUAGGGGUGUCAUGCCUCAUGCAUCUUCUAAUGAGACUAUCUACCUUCAAUAUUUGACGCCUGAGGAGGCAGAUCAAAUCCACCAGCAGUUUCACAAUCCCAGUUUCCGCCAAACCAGGCAGGUCCUAUGGACUGGAGUAGAGCGGGGACUGGCACAACAGUGGGCUGAUCAACGCGGAAUGCAAACAUUGACGAUGGCCAUGGGAUGUCUGAUGCAGCCUGAGCAUCCUUCCUGUUUAAAACCCAAAAAAUCGAACGACGCAUGGAGUCGGUACGUGAAAGGGGCUUCGGCGAUCUUUGCUCACUACGCGGCACAAGGUCAAGCAAUUACGGUGCUCCCAAAUGCUUCUAACGGCCAGAAUGACUCUUGCUCACCGUGA